AUGGCAAUGAGCGAUUCACAUUCAUCUCUCUUCAACUUAGGGAUUUUAGACACUCUCACCCAAGACGAACUUCACGAAAUCCUCGACAGCUGCAACGCCUUCUGCAGCGCCACACAAUCUCUUCUCGGCGGCGCCGGCGAUCUCUCAUACGGUGCUCAAUUUGUUUCUCAUGUUCACACUCUCUGCAAACACGGCCUCGAAUCACUAGUUCGCGACCACUUUCUCAGAGUCUUAGAGGAAACUUUUGAACAAAAUGGGGCAUCGAGGUUUUGGCGGCACUUUGUUCCUUAUGCUGAUUUUGUUGAUUUGAAUAAGAAUGAUGAUAUCAAUAUUGAUGAGGAUGAGAUUGAGAGUGUGUUGUAUAAUGCUUUGGAGGAAAUCUCUUUGGAGAAACAAUAUCAGGAGAAGUGUCUGUUAAUAUUGGUACAUGCUUUACAAUCUUUCAAGGAUCAAAUGUCAGAGGAAAAACAUGAUUUUGAAGCAGAGAGAAAUUACCUUACCUCUAAGUAUCAAUGGAUUGUCUCUUCUGUGCUUAUGGCUACACUUCCUCGCAUUUUCCCCGUUAUAUUGCAUUGGUAUUUUAAAAGAAGGCUGGAGGAAUUGAGUACAAUCAUGGACGGAGAGUUCACUGAUGAUGUAUCUCAAAAUAAGGAUGGCAUGGAUUUAGAUGAAAAAGGAAAAACAUGCAAUGAGGAUGGUGAGAUGGAUGUUGAUGAGUGUUAUAGCAACCGUCGGUUCUCAGAAAACAGUAGACUGGUGAAGAAUAUUGGAAAAGUUGUUCUUGAUCUCAGAAGCCUUGGAUUUACUUCUAUGGCCGAGGAUGCUUAUGCUUCUGCUAUAUUUUUACUACUAAAGGCUAAAGUAUAUAAUGUAGCCGGAGAUGAUUUUAGGAGUUCUAUCUUACAAUCUAUUCAAAGCUGGAUACAGGCUGUUCCUCUCCAGUUUCUCCAUGCCCUUCUUGUCUAUCUUGGUGACUCUGUUAGUUAUGAAAGUACUUCAUCAGGUCUCAAAUCACCUUUAGCGCCACAACCAUCAUCAUUUUGUCCUGGAAUUGAUACUCCCUCUGAAAGUCUUGUCAGAUGGAAGUUGCGGCUGGAAUAUUUUGCUUACGAAACACUACAAGAUUUAAGGAUAGCCAAAUUAUUUGAGAUAAUUGUUGAUUAUCCCGAGAGCUCUCCUGCAAUCGAAGACUUGAAACUUUGUCUUGAAUACACCGGACAACAUUCAAAGCUGGUGGAGUCAUUUAUUUCUGCUCUGCGUUAUCGCCUUCUUACUGCAGGCGCAUCAACAAAUGAUAUAUUACACCAAUAUGUUUCGACUAUUAAAGCUCUAAGGACAAUAGAUCCUGCAGGUGUUUUCCUUGAGGCAGUUGGCGAACCAAUAAGGGAUUAUUUAAGAGGAAGGAGAGAUACAAUAAAAUGCAUAGUGACCAUGCUUACAGAUGGGACGGGUGGUUCAUCAAGUGCAUCUGGAAAUCCUGGAGAUAGUCUUCUUGAAGAGUUGAACAGAGAUGAAGAAAUUCAAGAGAAUUUUGGUGUUGAUGAUGACUUUAACACUGAUGAUAGGCAAGCAUGGAUCAAUGCCACACGAUGGCAACCCGACCCUGUGGAAGCAGAUCCAUUGAAGGGAAGCAGAAACCAAAGGAAGGUUGACAUACUUGGGAUGAUUGUUGGCAUAAUUGGUUCAAAAGAUCAACUAGUUCAUGAAUAUCGAACUAUGCUUGCUGAGAAACUUUUAAAUAAAUCUGAUUAUGAUAUUGACUCAGAGAUACGUACUCUAGAACUCCUUAAGAUACACUUUGGAGAGAGCAGCCUACAAAAAUGUGAGAUUAUGCUGAACGAUCUAAUUGGCUCAAAGAGAGUCAAUACUAACAUUAAAGCUACCAUAAGUCAGCCAUCUCAAUCAAGUGUUGAGGUUGAAGACAAUGCAAUAUCCAUGGAUAAAAUAGCUGCGACAAUCAUAUCUUCUAAUUUCUGGCCUCCAAUACAGGAUGAGCCCCUUAACCUUCCUGAACCUGUUGACCAGCUUCUCUCUGAUUAUGCAAAGAGAUUUAGUGAAAUCAAAACACCACGUAAGCUUCAGUGGAAAAAAAGUCUCGGUACUGUCAAGCUGGAGUUGCAGUUUGAAGAUAGGGUAGUGCAAUUCACAGUAGCCCCUGUUCUUGCAUCUAUCAUUAUGAAGUUUCAAGAUCAAACGAGUUGGACCUCAAAAAAUCUUGCGGCUGCUAUUGGGAUACCCGUGGAUGUAUUAAAUAAGAGAAUAAAUUUUUGGAUAAGCAAGGGAAUAAUUGCAGAGUCGCCUGACCAGGUAUACACCAUUAUGGAAAACAUGGGUGAGACGAGUAAGAAUGGAGGAGGCAAUGGCAUUCCUCAGGAUCUUCUUGGAGGCGAUGAGGAGGAAGACGGAUCUGUGGCCUCCGUAGAAAAUCAACUUCUGAAAGAGAUGACUGUGUAUGAGAAAUUUAUCUUGGGGAUGCUCACAAACUUUGGUAACAUGGCAUUAGAUCGCAUUCACAAUACUCUCAAGAUGUUUUGCGUUGCUGAUCCCCCGUAUGACAAAUCACUCCAACAACUACAAAGCUUUUUAUCUGGUCUAGUUUCUGAGGAGAAGUUAGAACUUCGGGAUGGAGUGUACUUUCUAAAGAAGUAG